AUGCCGUUAGUGAGUGAAAUAAUCCAACGUCCAAAAUUAGACGCGCGUGAAAUUGACGAUCCCCUUCAAAGGCCGUGCAACAGGUACCCGAUAUUCCUCCACUCCACAUCCGCCCGCUAGCCUGUUAACGCUAAUCUAGAAACAAAUCAUUGUAUGAAACAAUGUCAAAAUUCAGUUCAUCCUCUUGAGUCAUUAAUAGCAUCAGCAGGUCACUUGCAAUUAUGAAGCCCGAAGACGUGGUCUACACAAACUUCAGCUGAUAUCCGAAGCCAGAAAGAUUGUUCCCGACGUGGUCAUUGUCCUAGGCGAGGAGCUAGGACGUUUUCGGGAUGCCUCUAAAUUGCUAUACAAAUUCUUGGCGAGCUUCUCAUGGAAUGGGAAGGUGGAAAGGCUCGGAUUUGAUGAAGUGUGGAUGGUUCGUAUUUUCGCAAUUCUGUCUUUCAAGACAAACGAGGCUUUGGGGAGCCAUUAAGCAUGCAUGGCUUUCUUAUCUCAAGUCAUCAUAAUUGUCAAAGCAUGCUGAUGUGAUUGCACUUGCAGGAUGUGACCGAUUUAGUCGACUACAACCGGGCUCUGCUAAACCCGCACGAUAUGACCAACUCGUUUUUCCAAUUGAAGCAGGAUGACCCAACUGUUGGGUUUUUCUAUAACGCGACAGGAAUUGCCGGUCAUUUCUUUCCUGACCAACCGCACCCGCCAAUUCUCGACCUGAAAGACGACCUGAUGACACGCCUCAUGUUGGGUUCGCAUUUAGCACAACACAUCAGAGUAAGCCUUGAGCAAGACCAAGGCUACACCUCCACGGUAGGUAUAUCCACCAACAAGAUCUUGAGUAAGCUAGUGGGCAACGUCUUCAAACCUAGAGAUCAGACAACUCUGCUACCACCUUACGUGAGCGUAAACAAAGCCUCACCAACACCUAGUGACAAGGCAGAACGCCAGAGUAACAUAUCUCUAUUUUUAGACAGUCAUGAUAUUGGGAAGCUGCCAGGGAUCGGAUUCAAAAUGUCUCAACGGGUUCGUGAUCAUAUCCUAUCACGCCCAGCUGAGUUCGAAAUCGGACUUAUCUAUGGCGGCACCAAAGAGUCGGUCACAGUUCGAGACGUUCGUCUGUUCCCCGGGAUGGGACCAGAAUUGUUGGAGAAAAUCCUAGGAGGCCCGGGCACUGAACGAGGUAUCGGUGCAAAAGCAUGGAAUAUCAUCAACGGAAUUGAUGACACCGAAGUCCAACAAGCAAGGAAAGUUCCUUCUCAGAUUAGUAUCGAGGACUCUUACAUCCGGCUAGACACCAUGCCCGAAGUUCUAAAAGAGCUCCGCAUGUUGGCUACAAGUCUCCUCAAGAGGAUGCACUCCGACCUCCUCGAGGACGACGAUGAUCCCGAUUCGGUAGGAAGCAAGAGAUGGCUAGCCCAUCCCAAAACCCUCCGUCUCUCCACAAGACCACGACCCCCUCCCAAUACCGAUGGCACAACAACCCGAAGCUUCAACCGCAUCUCCAGAUCCGGACCUCUCCCAAACUUCAUCUUCAAUCUCAAAGACAACACCGAUGCUACAGUCGAGAAAUUGGUUCAAGUGGCACUCAUACCCAUGUUUCGUCGACUCCAUCCACAGCAAAGCGGAUGGAACCUCAGUCUUGUGAAUAUCGCCGUCACCAACCUUGUCGAGACUGCGAGUGACGAUGGGAAAGGCGGUGGACGGGAUAUCGGUAAGAUGUUCAGAAGACAAGAAACUAUAUUAAAAGAAUGGAAGAUUGAGGAUCGGGAUGUUCCACCAGAUCCUGUUCUAUCAGUAGAGAAUAAUCCCGGUGACGUUGCUAAUGGUACCUCCACGAUGGUUGGUUAUGAAUACCCUACUGUGGCGGAGGGUAACUCUCUCGUCGUAAGAUCUGAAGACAUACUUCCUCAGACUCAAAAUAGUGUCGUCUCGGGUUCUUGGGAUGAGGAUGAGGAUGGAGAUGAGGAUACGGAGAUGUGUGGGGUUUGUAAAGCGAGUAUGCCUGUUUUUGCUAUGGCUGCUCAUCAGAGAUAUCAUGAUCUUGAGGGAUGA